ACAAUGAAAAAAAAUGCUUUUGUGGUUAUCAGUACUUGUGUAUAAUAAUUUUUAAAAGUCUUGAAUUUUAUUUAAACAAAUCCAUGUAUUUUCAAAUUUUAAAAAAAUCUCGAGUCAAUUAAUCGACCUGUUUCUUAAAAUUAGUUUGUAAACGCUAUGAAAAUUUUAUUGGAUUACUUGUGUAAAUAUUAAUAGUAAAUUUGAAUAACAUCUCAAAUCCUGUCAAACUUUUGUAUUUAUUUUUAUGCGCCGUGUGGUUGAUUAAGUUUUAAAUUUAAUUAAUUAUGGAGUCUAGUUAUGGUGUCGAGAAACGAAAGUACUGUAGAAUCGAAGAAGAAAGUGAUCUACGAGACCAGUAUACUCAUGAUAUUCAGAUGUAUACCGAGUAUCCAAAGCAAACAGUCCAACUUGAUCGAUUCUAUGAGUUGGGUUAUGAAAGAAGGCAAAUUCUUAAAUUGAUCGAAUUAAUAUUGAACAGAUCGGAUCUCAAAACGAUUGAAGAUCGAAAAAUAGCUCUAAAAAAUGCUUUGAAAAAAGAUGGAUACACUCAUGCUGCUAAACUUUUAACUGGAUUAGGAUGUGCGUCUCAUACAGAUGUAGAGAUAGAGGCAAGAAAACGAGAUGUUUUAUCCCAUUUUAUUCUAAGACUUGCAUAUUCUCAAAAUCCGGACUUGAGAAAAUGGUUCGUGGCAAUGGAAGUUGAAUAUAUGAAGCUGAGGAUUACGUCAUUGAACAACGAAGGGAUGGCUAAAUUAUUAGCUAUCAAUAAUUUUACUUAUAAACCUAUUUCUCAAGAAGAAAAAGAAACGUUACGAGAAGAGCUUAGUUGUUCAAUAUCUAAAUCAUUGGUUAUAGACAAUAUCGAUUUCUACAAAGUGCCUUUUUCCAAAGUUCUUGAUCUAGUUAAAACCAGAAGAGUUUAUCUAAAGAAAGGAAUUGCAUAUACUCCACAAUUUGAACUUUCUUCUCUUUUUAUAUCGCAGUACAGACGGCAUUUGACAAAAGCCGUUGAGAUUGCAGCGCCGAGUUUUUAUGAAUUACAAGACGAUGAAAGGGUGUUUGAUUAUCUCAAGAAUUUACCGAACUAUUUUCCUGAAUUCGAUCGAACUAUUUGGUCAAGUACAGAAACUCCAAUUGAAGCACUUGAUGAUAUUGCCAAAAUUUCUUAUCCAUUAUGCAUGAGGACAUUGCAUGAAGCAUUGAGAAUGAACCAUCACCUAAAAAAUGCUGGGCGAGUACAAUAUGGUCUCUUUUUAAAAGGCAUUGGAGUUAAAGUAGACGAUGCGAUGAGAAUGUGGCGGGCAGAGUUCACGAAAAAAAUAGAGGCUGAUAAAUUUGAUAAGGAAUAUGCUUAUACAAUUAAAUUUAUCUAUGGAACAGUAGGAAGCCAAAAAAAAUAUACCCCGAUGGGGUGUUCUAAAAUUAUUAGUAAUGUUGCAGGUGCAGGAGAGUAUCAUGGUUGCCCAUACAGAUUAAUGGACAGUGAUACUCUUAAAAAAAAGUUAAUUGCUUACGGGUUGUCAGCCUCAGAUGCUGCUGAGAUUGCUGCCUUAGCUAAAGAGCAUCAUUAUCAAUUGGCAUGUGCUAAGUAUUACGAAAUAACUCAUAAAGUUCCACCAGAGCACCCUGUGAUGCACCCGAAUGCUUAUUACUCAGACAGUCGUAAUAUUAUUGAGAAACUUGCUAGCAAUACUGUCGAUUCUCACGAAAAUCCGACAGGAGGCGAUACACCGAAACAAAAGUUGAAAAUAAAGUCGGAAAAAUUUACACCAAUAAGAACACCAGAUAAACCUUUAGCUAGAAGAAAUAUCGAAGUUAAACCCAUGGAUAUUGAAAAAUUGUUGAAUGAAGAUGAAAUGGAUUGAAUAAUUACAAAAUAUAAUAAGUUAUCAUAUUAAUUGUCAGUAAAGUUGUUAUUUUCUGUCAUAAGGUGUUUAUUUUUAUAAAUUUUUCAUAUCACCUGCAUUGAGACCGAGUUUUUAUGCCUGCGUGGUCAAUUGAAACAACCUAAUUUUAGACUAAUGUGAUUUAGCCGUUAAAAAAUUUUUAUUUUGCACCAUAUUUGCACCGAAAGUUUAAAUUCCUGCCCCGUUUAAAAGAGAGAAAAGUCGUACUAUCCCUGAUAACCAAGUUGGCGAGAAACUGGCGUGAAACUUACAGCCGAAACUAGACACCAAGUUGGCCGCAAAAGUUGAUACUUCCAAAGUUGGAAAUUCAAUAAGUUGACGGUCACUUUCUGAGAAAGUUCUCAGAAUCCUGCAUUCCAGUUGCGGCUCCAUACUGGCGUCAACUUUCUCAAAUUGGCGGUACCUUGUAGUCAAAAAUUGCAUGAAAAAAUCUAACGGAUAACGAUUACUUUCUCUCUCUAGCGAUUCUCGAAGAUAUCCGAAGUCCAAUUUUUUCUAAGUCUCGUAGCAAGAAAUUUUUGCACGACUCGUUCGUGCUUUACGAUCGAAAAAUUUUUUUUCGCCUCACUUCGGUAACUAAUCAAUUAUUAUACCCUUGUUAGUUUACGGAAUUAAGAUGGUUUGCAUACUAUUUUGAAGAAAAUUUAAUGGAGAUUAAUUCCAUACUUUUCAAAAAUUUAUUUAGUUGAAUAAAAACGGAAAAAACAUCAAAAAUAGUUUUAAAAAAUUUCCUGUCCGUUAAGUAUGAAACCCGUAUACACGAUAACUUGCGAAAAAAUGCAGUAAUUGAAUCAAAUUUUUUUUUAAAAAAUUCUUUGAAAUAAUUGUAGGUCUCCUAUUGCAAAUGGCUAGGUAACUCAGUGUCGUUUAAUUACAAUUAAUAAAAGAAUAAAAAAGGCUGUAUAACUAUAUAUCUAUAUAUCUGUGUAAAACUAACAUGGAUGGUGAUAUAUCUAUACAUUAUACGGACAUUUAUUCCGCUAGGGGCGCUUGUGCAUUACCGUCCUAGAACAGCUGUUUUUUUUGCUAAUUGGUAGGCCUGAAUUUUUUUUCAAUUCAAUUUUUUUUUAUUUUUGUUUUUAUUUACGUUUAUUUUUUUUUUGUUAUUAAUCGAGAUAUUUUGAAUAAGUUCUUUUAUAAUUAUAAAAAAAUAAUAAC